CACGGCGUCCGCGAUCCAAUAUGUCCGUAGUCUCGCGAUAGAACGCGUUAUUUUUCGGUAUACUGCCGCAGGAGAGAGUCCGAUAAGAUAAUUCCAGUACGAACGGCUUAAGGCCGUUUCGUCUGUACGAGGAUCGUAGGAUCGGAGCCGCAUGCCCGCGAUUCAUCGGCGACACGAUCACGGAAAGAAUCUCAGAGCAACACCGAGAGUAAUAAAACGAGAGGGACAGAGUGAGGAACAGUUAGCGUAGGAGGAAAAGAGAGAGAGAGAGUGAGAGAGUAAAGAACGAAGCGAGACAGAAAUCGAGAAGCGUCAACUCGCAUCGGUGCAUUAUCGGUACGAUUCUAGACGUCUUCGCGAGCCUAUUCCCACAGUAUAUCGAGUACCAUUGGGUGCGACUGCAACGGCGAGCUCGGUAACGACCUUCGCGAACUGUCGUCGACGACGCCGAGAGCGCGCGCGGAAUCGUAGGAUCGUCCACCGCGACGCCGUCAUCAACCUGCAGCUCGUCAGGGUGAUCGAGUCGACAACGUUUUCCAAAUGUCGAUCAGCAUGUGGAACGACUCGGCUACGAUUUGAGAUACCAGAGCGGGCUCACCGCGCAGCAUCGAAUCUAUGAGAGAAAUUCAGGGGGUAUGAAUUGUAGCGGUAGUCAAGAUGUCAAGCGACAGUGAUAGUACUUGUUUGAUACGUCAUCAUAGUCACAAACGCAAGAAACUCGUCAUUAGCGACAGUGAUAGCAGUGAUGAAUCUGUUAUUGUACAAAUUCGAAGAAAAAAGAAACUUAGAGUCGUUAGUGAAGGAGAAAGCAGCAGCGAUAGUGAUGUACCUAAGCCUGUGAUUAGACGACAAAACCAUAAAGUUAUUAGUGAUGAAUCUAAUAGUAGCGAGGAAAGCAGAUCCAUGCAUAUUACAGAUAGUAGUAGUGCAUCCGAAUGGGAAAGUGAUUGGACUAGUUCCGAUGAGUCAAGUAGCGAUACUUACAAUUGUACUGCUAAGCGUGAAGUUUUACCUAAAACUAAGAGGGAGAACGCCGAAAAACCUGGUUCCUCUUUAUCAACCAAUGCCAACGUUAACUCUGAUAGUGAUGAUCAGUCAGAAAAAUGUCCUAUAUGUCUGAUACCAUUUAAAGAACAGCAAGUCGGUUCUCCAUCUGUAUGCGACCAUUGCUUCUGUUUAGAAUGUUUAUUGGAAUGGAGUAAAAACAUUAACACUUGUCCGGUGGAUCGCAUAUCUUUCACUACAAUUGUUGUUAGAAAUCGUUUUGACGGCGAGAUCAUAAAUCAUUUACCAGUAGAAGUUGUGCCACGUAUUGAAAAUCAACUGACGGACGAUCCAACUUUUUGUGAAAUAUGUCAUCAAAGCGAUAGAGAAGAUCGAAUGUUGCUUUGUGAUGAUUGUGAUCGCGGUUAUCAUAUGGAGUGUUUAACACCCCCAAUGACUACAGUCCCCAUUGAAGAAUGGUAUUGUCCGAGUUGUAUCCAAAGCAGCUCGACUAGACGAUCGUAUUUGUCGAGUUUUGUGCCAACUCUUAUAACAACAGGGAGAACUGCUCGAUACUUUCAAGAAUUUGAAACACAAUUCAACAUAUUCCGUAAUAUGCAUCCUCAUCUUAGUGCGUAUGUACCUGCCAGACGUGUUUCCAGACUCAAUUCUAGGCGCAAUCGUAAUAAUCGAACAGAUGAGCAAUUUAUUGAUCCAAAUCAGCCGUCAACUUCAUCCGGCAUUGAUUCGAUUGGUGACAAUAGUCGAAGUCGUUCUCCAAACACUAGCCUAGAGGGUAACGCUCCUUCCAGGCGUUCGAAUACAAAAUCUAAGACCAAAAUGCCGAAAAGAAAAAAGAAAAAACUCACAAAGAAUUCGAAAAAAAGCGGCAAUAAUUUAUUUCGAGAAGUGCGAAUUAAAGAACUCAAUAAUGACGGCGAAGAGGAAGAAAUUGUGACGUAUGUCAAAAUUGCAUCAUCCACGUCAAGGAGGAAGUGUAAGAAACGUACAAAAAAAACGGGCAAGAGGAGAAAAUACAAACGACGUGCGCGCAUUGAAGCAUCCGUGCUGAGUACACGAACGGUAAAAAGAAGAUUGGCCUCUACACUCGGUAUGCAGAAAUCGAAGAUGCCGCAACUCAUACCCAUCGUGAAAAAUAACAUCUCUAUACCUGAGAAAAGCGCUCUCAUAAAUGCCAGACACAGUGCUGGUAUAUCUCAAGUCAGUCUCUUUGGAAAUAAUUUGGGAUUAGAUUACAGUCCACCUGGAUCGGACGAUGACGAUGAAUAUUCCAUUGGAAUUGGAAGUGGUCCUAUGAUAAACGUACGACAACGACGAUCGGUGAUACCGUCGAUCAGACGUCGCGCUAUUUUAAAAACUAUCGUCGAUCCGGUCAACGAAGUAGUAGAUAAUACUGGCAUAACAGAUCUAUUGAGCAGUAUAAUGAGCAGUCAGGAGCUGUGGCAUUCGACCAAGAAGAAGACGGACAUGGUCUUGAAGGCUGACGGCACGUUGUUGGUGAAGAAUUUUGAAAAGGAAAACAAACAUAGUAUCAAUAACAAUGAAAGUCCGAAGAAGGAGAAGCAGGAUGAGGAGGAAGUUACGCAACAUGAGGAAGCAAUUCUGGAAAAGGUGGACACACCGUUGGAUCUGUCUAACAUUAAUUCUAGUGAUAUUACGCAGGCUCCAAUGUACAACAAUCCCUGUGGCGGAGGCGGUGGCAGUGGUGGUAAUAGAGGCAACUUCCGGGGUGGUUAUGGUCGUGACAAUAGUCGACACGGUGGCCACGGAGGGCAGACCUACGGCGGUGGCCGGGAUUCAUUACCGCCAAGCGGUGGUGGUAGGCACAAUUACAGCGGCGGGACCGGCGGCAGUGGUCCGCGGGACAACUUUGGGAAUCGCGACUUCGGUCCGUCGCCGUUCUACAAUCCAAAUUUUGAGCACUGUGGCGGACCGCCCAUGUUUAGCGCCCACGCGCCGCCGCCGCCGUUCCGCAGCCGCAAUCCUCAACAUUUUCGUAAUGAACGGAUGCGUUUUCCGCCGCCACCACCGCCCACCGAACGACCGUUUAAUUAUACGGACGGCAGUGGCGGUUUUGAUCAAAGACCGCCAUUUCCGCACGUGACGGAUCGAUUCUCUAGACCUCGGCUACCCCCGUUGGGCAUACCGCCUCCUGGUGGUCCACCCAUUGCACCACUAAACGCACCGGAACUCAUAAAUGUGCAGCAGCCGGUACACAUGCACAACAAUCUAACGUCGGUUAAUCUGCCGGAAGAUGUAACGCGAAAUUAUCAGCCGCCAUCUGAGCAGAAUGAUCACAUUGUGAUGCCGGAUUCCGUGUCCGUGUCGCCUGUAAUUGCGUCACCCGUGGCUGCAUCACCUGCUACACGGCAAGAUAACGAUGAUUGCGAUAUCUAUUGCGACAUCGAACCACUAGCCAAGUCUGAUUGCGAUCCGCAGGAAGAGUCUCACAAUAAUAGCUCGAUGAUUUUGUUGCCACCGCCAGAACCGCCGUCUGGUUUGUUGAAUUUCGAGGAAAAUUCCAGAAGUGACAAGGAUGACAGUGAGCAAGAAUUGGUGAUUGACGAUAGUCAUAAGGAAGAAACGCCAAGAGAUGUGCCGGCAAGCGGCGACAAAUAUGAUCCGUUUGCAGCCGACAGUGACAGCAAUGACGAUGUAGCCGCUCCGUUAAAAACAAUAUUGGAGAAGGCAGAUAUGUUGCAGAACAUCACAGACAGUUGUAAUAUACCUAUGCCAAGUAUAUCACGGUCGAUCUCUACGACUUAUCCUUCAAUAUCAACUGUCGCAACGACAGCUCAAAGCAGAGAACAUACACAGAUGCCCAUUCGGUUGACUGCGUACGAUGAUGAUGAUGAUAAUGACUCACAGUCGGACUGUCCAAAUUUUUCCAUCUACUCGUCGCAGACAAUGGACGUGGCUAGACAUACAGAGCAGGAAUUGUCACAGCAGCUGGGAUCAUUACAGCCGCCACCGUUACCGCCCAGCAUCCCCGAUGAUGAUGAUAUUAUUGUGGGUGACAUUCAAGCCUGUGAUCUUCCAGAUGUGCCACCUGAGCCAGCUGAUCCUUAUCUUGAAGCGCUACAGAAGGAGCGUCAAGCCUUGAGUAAGAUACCGCCGAAGAAGAUCUCACAUGACUCGCAUCGUGGUAAGAUUAUCUUCAAGAUCGGUAACAAAAUUAGACUUAACAAUCGGCUGAGUGGCCUGCAAUUGGACGAUAAUUCGCAGAACAGUGUUCUUCAGAAAAAAACUACGACGACGCCGAGUGACAAACAGCAACAAGAACAAGAUAGUGAUGUCAGUUUGUCAAAAUCAGAGAUUGAAUCCACUGCCGUACAAUCGUCGAUAACGUUAGACCAGAUAAAAAUAAUAGAACCACAAAUUGAAGAAGAAAAGGAAAAAGAAAAAAAUAUGGAGCUUAUUUCGGAAAGCCCGAAAGAGAAAGAGUCAUUUAAACUUGAUAGUCAGCGUGGAAGCAAAGAGUCCCGUUCUGACAGCUUAUCAGAUGAAGAAGCUACAAAGAUGGACAAAAAACCGAAACAUGACGAUACUUCAUCUGACAAAAAGGAAGAGGAAGACAAUGAACAAGAAAUGCAAUCGGCAGCGACAAAUAUAACACCACAAGAGACCACAAUGGUCACGGAAAGUGCAAUGUCAUCGCCCACUCUUGAGACGGCUCGGUUAUCACCAAGAAAAUUGGACAGCAGCGAGCUGAGUAUUGAAUGUAGCUCGGAAGACUUGGAAGGUGGUGACACAACGAACAAGACUAUAUUAUCUCGUUCGAACAUCGGUUUACAAGAUGAGAUGGCUGUAGACGACUCGCAAGAGCGAGAAUCAAGUAGUGACGACGAGCGUUCACCGAGCAGCCAUAAACUUGACAAAGCGGAGAAUAACAAGGACGACAAGGAUGAUGAUAAAGUAUCGAGCGACAACGAGGAUCCAAAUUUGUCGGAUCAACGACAGGAGAAGGAAAGUUUCUCGACGGUGGAUGAUGAAGUAGAACAAUUCCCAAUCGAGAAGGACAAGGUAAACGAAUCAUCUGUACCUGUCACUUGUACUGAUAACAAUUGGGAUUCGGAUGGCGCUUACACACCUUGCAAAGAUGAGUUGCCCGUAAGGGAGGAGAUGGUGGAGCGAUGUACAGUGCCGUUCGAAGCUGGCUUGGAGCCUAUCACACCGACGAAGGAUAAAACGAAUGAUGAUCUGGAUGACUUAAGAUCGCCGGUUGCUUACGCCGAGCUAGGCACUGAGGCAAUCUCCGAAACCGACGACGUGGUAAAUUUCGAAGAGGAAUUGAUCGCCUUGGCGUUACGAAAAGAGAAAGAGAAAGAUAUGGAGGAUGGCGAGAUAUUAGACGAGAGUAAACUGGACAUGAAGGAGCGUGAAAAAUUGAGAGAGGAUAAAGAAGACAAAAAGAAGAAGAAAAAGGAUAAAAAGGAAAAGAACAAGGAGAGCACGGAGAAAAACAAAGAGAACAUUUCAUCAGAUAAUUUAGUCUCUUGGAAGAAACUUUCAAAGAAUACAAAGGACAGACCAUAUCGCGACAAGGAUAAACGGUCUAGGUCGAAAGAGAAGGAAAGAGAAAAGGACAAAUCUUUUAAGAAAAAGACAAAGGAAAUUAGUAAGAAAAAGGAAAAGAGGAAAGAGUUGCCACGAUAUGACGUAAGAAAGAUCGUGGCCGAGAAACCGUCACGACCGAGAAAGGACGAGUACGGCAGGGAUAUUAGGGAGAAGUCGCGAAGCCGAUCGAGAAGCCGUUCAUCGAAUAAAAUUCAGUUAGGCUCGAAAGAUCGACGAAGUCAAUCAUAUUUGAAGGGACGAUCUAAGAGUAGAUCCCGUCUCCGAUUGUCCUGGUCGAGAGAUCGUGGUCAAUCGUACUCGAAAUCAUGCCGUUCCAAUUCGCGCAAAAGAUCAUCGUCUCGUAUUAGACGCAAGUCGCGAAGGCGAUCUCUAUCAAGACGGCGCUCCAUCUCUCGUAGAAAAUCGCGAUCGCUGUCUCGUAAGCGGCGAUCACUAUCACCUAGACGACGUAGACGAUCACUGUCGAGAUCACGCGAUAAGCGGAAGGAGAAGACGAAGAAGUACAAGUCGCGCAGUCCAUCGCGCUCCAGGAAUCGUAAGAGAUCGCGUAGCAAGUCGCCGAAGAGAACGUCCAACACACGCGAGAAGAAGCAUGGCAAGAGGAAAGCGCACAGUCGCUCACGGUCGAAGCCUAGGUCAAUCUCGCGAGAACGGGAUCGUAACAGGAAUUGGGAACAGCUGAACGAAAAGAGCGUGGAUCAGGAACAGCAGUUUCCACGCGAACGCGAACAGCGCGAACGUUCGUGGAGCGCACAGUGGACACCGUCCUGGUCGCGUUCGAGAUCAAAAACACCAGCACACAUUCAGCAGGAGCCGAUCGGAGCGCGAAAUUGGUCACCACCAUCUGUUUUGGAUAAUGUGUCGCCAAAGAAUCUGACUGUCAUACUAACAAACAAGGAGGCGAUAAAGAAGAAGAAGAAAGAACGACGGAAAGAGAAUCGGAAGUCGAAGGAGACAGAGAAACGGCGAAAGAACAAACGUAUCAGGACUCCACCGCCAUCAAAGGAAGUAUUUGCCAGUGGUGACAAUAUACUGGUUAGUGUAUGCUUUAAUAAAGACAACGAGACAAAUCCGUUGGCUUUGCCAGAGUUACCAACCAUUCCAUUAUCGCCUCCGAUGAAACGUCGUCGAAGAGAGUCCGUUCAGACAGAUACUACGCCCUCCGCGAAGCGAUUGAAGAAAGAUAAGACGAAAGAUAAGCGGUCGAAAUCACCGAAGAUGAAGAAGGAUAAGAAAAAGAAAUCCAAGGCGGCAGAGAUCGCAGCGACGAAGAAACCCGUAGCCGUAAUUGAUUUGGAUCAAUCACCGUUCCGCGAACAAACACCAUCGCCUCGCGAUGUUAUAGUAUUGAGUGACGACGACGACAAACAGGUGCAGAAAACGCUUGCCGCAUCACCGGAACAAUGUCCGCCAUCGCAAGCAUCGCCACCUCGCGAACAGUUUGUCUCGCAAGGUCCGAAAACGCCGCCAGAGCCGCAAAUCAAGUUCUCCAUAAACAAACAGCCGAGCAACCUUAGACCAUCCCUGAUAAAUCCGCUGUUGGAGGAAGAAGAAGAGGAGGAGGAGGAGGAAGAGGAGGAGGAGGAGGAAGAAGAGAUGAUGGAUGAGCGUGCUGAAGAGGAGCUAGAGAUGCGGGCGCAGGAGGAAUUGGAGCUGCGUCUCAAGAUCGGCCCCAACACACCUCCCGAGCCACCGACAUCUCCGCCAACUUCUCCAGACGCUUACGAUCCCUUUGACCCCACUAAAUCUCGUUCACCAACGCCAGAUGCCAGCCAAGAAGCUACGCCAAACGAUGAGCGUGACCGUGCGCAGCGUAACUCGCCCAGGAAGCACGACGGAGCUACGGACACUCCGUUGCCGUUAGACGAGCCUAGCCAACAACAAGAACAACCUGCUCAGGAGAAGCCGAUAGAGAAGCCAAAGAUAAUAUCGAUAGUGACUAUCAAGAGACCAUCACCUCAGAGAGAUGUCUCCGCGUCUCCCGCGCCGGAGAGCCAGACCGACGUCGCCCAAUCAUGCAGCAGUAGUCCGCCCAAAACCCAGCAGAAUCCGCAAAACGUGCAAUCGACUGUCAAUCCGUUUAGUACUAUCAAUCCCGUCUUAGCGACGGUAGCGGCCGCAGUGCAGAGAAGCUUCAACGCUAACAGUACGCCCAAUCCCGCGCAAAGGACUCUGUUGCAGCCUAGUCGCAUCUCACCGAGUAAUCAAAUAAAGCAACGCACAAACGACAGACCGCAACUUCCUAACGUAUUUGCAAAUUCUGCGAAGUCAUCUACUUUGCCGCGAUCUUCCAAAUCCACUCAGAGUAAAAACAGCUCGACGGUAGGGCAGAAUGGUAACGACGCGACCAUAGAUAUGACGAACGACAAUGUCGUCGACAUGUCGUCUCCUUAUUCGCCAGGAUCAACUCUGAGUGAUGGCCUGUUCGAUCCACCUAGUCCUGCCAACUUUAAUUCGCCCGUGGCGAAUGCACCACCGCCUGCCGCUACUAAAAUUAGCGGUACACCGAAGAUCAACAAAAGUACGGAAAAAAAAGAUCCGUUCGAUGCGUUAUUCGGUGGAAUACUGCCUCCAAUUAAGACUGCAACCAAAAACAGAAUUAAAAAGGUCACUAAAGAGAAGACGAAGAAGUCUACUAAUCCUAAAGUUGGUGUACGGAUGGAUGAAAAUCAGCUUCAAAUCCUGGACGAUCUUCCUAGCUCUGCCGUAGAAAUGCAAGUUAAAGACAAGUUUCUUAAAAAACUAAACCGACAAGAAAGAGUCGUGGAAGAAGUGAAAUUAGUUCUCAAACCUCAUUAUACCAAAAAGCACAUCACAAAAGAGGAAUACAAAGACAUCAUGCGCAAAGCAGUACCUAAGAUAUGCCAUAAUAAGACAGGCGAAAUUAAUCCUAAAAAGAUAGCCCAUCUAAUAGAAGCGUACGUAAAGAAGUGUCGAAACAACAAAAAGAAAACUUUUGGCAAAUUAACAAAACCUACGAAAACUCUAUGGAGUUGAUUAUGUGUUGGCAAUCCUAGCGCAUUAGAAAGUUCUUCAACGUUAGGCCUCUCCUUAGACCACGCGUAAAACAUUCUCUCUUCUAGAUGGUACGUUCACGCAUAUUUGCAAAGGCACUCUACGAUGUACGGCUUCUGUCCGAAUAUACGGCUGUGCAUGUUGCAAUGCCUUUUAAAAUUCGGUUCGGAUUACGAUCAACGAUCCUCCGCUAAACUAAUUAGAAAAUAUAUUGUACGAUAAGAUUAUAAUUUAGAGCGUAACUGCGCAAUUUAAAAAAAUGAAAUAAAUAAAAAAAAACGCUCAAGUAAUUCGAAUCGCUAUUUACGAAAGAAGAAACGAAUGGCCAGGUGUAUUUAUCCAACAACUUGCAGUGUAAAAAUUAAUAGAUCCUUAAAUUCUUAAAUCUUUAUAUAAGCAAAAAAUGGCCUGCUGAGAUCUUUUCCUAUGAGUAUAUUUUCAAGAGUACAAGAUAUGUGCGACACCUUGUUUCACUUUAUUCAUAUUAUGUAAACAGAAGAUAAAACAUAAACACAAGUAAAACACAUUUCCGAUUAGCGACUUCAAAUGUAGAUAAAUCAUGUAUAAAAAUGUCGGAUGUUGUCCCUGUAUGUAAAAUUUAUGUAAGUUGCGUUUUAUUAUGCUUAUAAUUCUGUACGCCUGAUAUGUAAAAGAGAUUUUUAGGACGUCAAUUUAUAACAGUCUGUUCCGCUUUUCAGAAAAAAAGGAACACUGUCUUAUAGACACUGUAACCCGUAUUCAUGUCUCGUCUUUAGCAGUAAAUGCGGCUCACAUGUUAUAAUUUACAUUACGCCUCCGUUAUUUAUAUGUAUAUACAUACAUAUAUGAUCGCAUUACAU